UCGGUCUCGGGCAUGCAUGAAAAACGAGACUCUCUCUCUCUCUCUCUCGCUCUUCUUCUCUCUCUAGAUCGUAGAACUGCAGAGCAGAGGCGGCAACAGAAUGUCUGCAAUGUCUGAAACAAGGUCGCCGCUGCCGUUGCUCUUCCGGCGGCACUCAAGCGGCGAGAUAAGGAACUUGACGUCGGUUUCCAGCAGUCUCUUGCCGGCGUUCGGAACAGUUGUGAACGAUGGAUACUCAAACCUGAACAAGUUCGUUAUAGUUCCCUAUGACAGAAGAUAUCGGUGGUGGCAAACUUUCCUGGUAGUGCUAGUGGUGUACUCAGCGUGGGCAUCUCCCUUUGAACUCGCCUUCAAGAAAGUGGCAACUGGGUCUCUUUUACCCGUUGAUUUGGUGGUGGAUGCAUUCUUCGCCCUUGAUAUCCUCUUGACCUUCUUCGUGGCUUACUUGGAUAAGUCCACCUAUCUCCUCGUUGAUGAUCACAAGAAGAUAGCUGUACGUUACCUUACAAGCCUGUGGUUCCCCAUGGACAUAGCCUCCACUCUGCCAUUUCAGGCACUAUACAGAAUUUUCACUGGGAAGAUGAACGGCAAUGAGGUAUUUGGCUUCCUCAACUUGCUUCGGUUCUGGAGACUAAGGCGUGUUAGUGAACUCUUCACAAGGCUGGAGAAAGACAUACGCUUUAGUUACUUUCUGACAAGACUUGUCAAACUAAUUUGUGUGACACUGUUGGCAGUGCACUCAGCUGGUUGCUUCUACUACUGGCUAGCAAUUCAUCAUACAGAUUCAGAAAAUACAUGGAUUGGAAUUGAAGUCCCGGAUUUCGAGAGCAGAAGCAUCUGGCUCGGCUACACCUAUUCGAUAUACUGGUCCAUUGUCACACUCGCUACUGUUGGUUACGGGGACUUGCAUGCAGUUAAUACAGGGGAGAAGAUUUUUAGUAUCUGCUACAUGCUGUUCAACAUUGGCCUCACUGCUUAUUUGAUUGGAAACAUGACAAAUCUCAUCGUUCACAGUUGUAUCCGAACAUUUAUCAUGAGGGAUUCCAUAAAUGAGAUACUGCGUUAUGGAAGCAAGAAUAGACUGCCAGAAGGCUUGAAAGAUCAAAUGUUGGCGCACAUGCAGCUCAAGUUCAAGACAGCAGAGUUGAAGCAGGAAGAGGUGUUGGAGGAUUUACCUAAAGCAAUUAGAUCCAGUAUUGCCCAGCACCUUUUUCGCCAAACAGUUGAGAAUGCAUACUUAUUCAAGGGGCUCUCUGAAGACCUUGUCGUCCAACUGGUGUCUGAGAUGAAAGCGGAGUACUUUCCACCUAAAGUUGAUAUUAUAAUACAAAACGAGAUACCAACAGAUUUCUACAUUUUGGUGUCUGGAUCAGUGGAUGUGAUCUCGUACAAGAAUGGAACUGAACAGAUUUUGUCAAAGCUGGAAUCUCCAAAGAUGGCAGGGGAAAUUGCUGUAAUGUUGAAUAUCCCACAACCAUUUACAGUGAGAACUAGAAGACUCUCCCAGGUCAUCAGGAUCAGCCAUCAUCAUUUUAAGCAAAUUGUACAACCUAACAAUGACGAUGGAAAAAACCUUUUCACCAACUUCGCUGAGCACUUGAAGAAGUUAAAAAAAGAGGAGCAAGAUGAAAUACCCUACUUCUCAGAAUUGCUGGAAGACCUAGAUACGGAGCAUACAGAACCGAAUGAGACACAAAAUCAGAGAGCACAAAAUUAUCAUGGAGAUCAAAAAAUGGAAGGAGUACCGGAAGCAUCUAGACCAUUGCCACCUACAGCUCCCAUCAGGGUGAUAAUUCAUGAUCACCAUCCAGAUGAAAGUACAAAAGAUGGCAACAGCAUGGGAAAACUGAUACUUCUGCCUGAAUCAACUGAAGAACUUUUCGGAUUGGCAGAGAAAAGAUUUGGAAAGAGAGGGAGCUCAAUUCUCAUGGCUGAUGGCUCUACAGUUGAAGACUUGAAUGUUUUAAGAGAGGGUGAUCGUUUAUUCUUUGUUUGAAGACAAAAAAUAUAUCUGCUCCGUUUAUAUAAUCCAUUACUCCAUCAAGGCCUAAAUUUAUGACUUGCGGUCUUCAGAAACAAGAAAUGAGUGACAGUGUAAAUACAUAAACGGGAUGCAUAUUGGCAGAAAUGUUCAGAAAAUUCGAGAGA